CGCGCGGCCGGCGCUCGCAUCGUGUCUCCUGAGCUGCAAUCGCUGCAAUGAAAUGCAUUGAGGAAGGCUACUCGAUACGCAUGCCUGCCUCAUGUCGAAGAUUUGAUUUAUAGUGCGCACAGAGACUCACCCUGGGGCUACCUGAGAGCUACAAUGCUCUCCCAACUCACGGCGACCUACCACGACCGCGGCUGGUGCAAGGUCGAGCGCUGCCUCGACGGCGCCACGGUCCAGAGCUUCGUCGACCAGUUGAAACGCGAGCUGCGAGCGCCGACCGUCCAGGGCGAGUCCGGCCACGACUAUAGAGCCAUCGAUUUGGAGGAGAGCGCGACGUGGUUCCGCGGCACGGAGCGGAGGGUGGUGGAGGUCAACCCGCCGGGCGAGGGCGCCCACUGGUCUCGCAUCGAGCGCGCGCCGCGGCUCGUGUGCGCGCUGGACGCGCUCCUCGGCACGUGGGAGCUGCCCCGGAACGAUGCGGAGCGCACGCGCGAGUGGUACUGCCCCAUCGUCUUCCCCGAGGACCCUCCUUGUCAUACACUGACGCGACCCGCGUUGUCUGGCGAAGCGACGUGGCGCGACGGCUUCGGUGAUGCGUGGACGAGUGAAGAAGACGAAAAACUACGCAAGGCGGCCCGAGCACGACCCGUCGACUGGAAGGGUAUCAGUAGCGAAUUGAAUCGACCGGUCAAGCACUGCCGCGAGCGCUGGGCGGCGAUCAACCCCUGGGCGCCAGACGAAGAUCAAACGCUGGCGGAGCUCCACAAAACCCACGGCGACGCGUGGUCCCUGCUCACGAGCAAGCUCUCGGCGGCGGGCUUCGAGGCGCGGACGAAGAGGGCGGUCCGCGCAAGGUGCGCUCUCAAAGCGUCCCAGAAGACUAUAAAUGAGACGCCGACGCUAUCAAAUUGGCGGCCCGUGAACCGACGCCGCUGUUUAGAUAGGGGCUUCCACGUCGAUCCGGGCCCGGGCUUUCCCAUGGAAGGUUUGAGAACUCUCAAAGGCGACCGCGCCCAGGGCGCUGUGGUGCUUGUGGUUUUGUCAGAUUGGCCGUCAAACGGCGGCGGCACGUGCGUCGCGAACGGGAGCCAUCGUUGGGUGCGAGAGAAACUAGGUGAGGGCCCGCUGCCGCAUUCUGAGUUAAAUAGGUGGGCCAUCGCCGAGGUGGCUCGAAGGCGUGCUUCUCGAGAAUUGCGCCUCGACUACGAGGAGGGUCACGGUGAUGUCAUCGAACAAAUUUGUGCUAAGGCGGGCGACGUCAUCCUGAUGCACCCCUGGGCCGUGCACGGCGGGACGACGAACCUAUCAACCAUGCCGCGGCUCAUGGCCAACGGCAUGGCUCGCGUUUGUAAUCCGGGCGACGGCGCGUUUCUGAAAAGGCCGGUGGGCGCGAUGGACGAGGCCGCGUUUUUGCAGAUGGCCGCACCGGUCGCCCCUCGUGUUGCCCUACGACCGGAGAGAAAAAGCGUCGCGUACGUGCACGUCCCCAAAACGGGCGGCUCGGCCGUCGAGGCGUGGCUGCGCGAGGCCUGGCCGCGGCGCAUUACAUUGUCGGGCCACCACAAACUUACACUGAAGGACCACCAGAAGAACGGUGGGGUCGUGACGCUUAUUACUCUCAGGGAGCCGCUCGAGCGCUUCGUGUCUACGCACGCGUACUGGGUCCACGGCGCCGCGGACGAGCCCUGGCACCGAAGAUCUGAUGAUUGGGUGCCUUGCUUGGGUGGCACCACCACCGACUUCGACCUGCGGUCAUUAACGGGCUUCGUGGCCGCGGCGCGCGCCGGCGCUAUUGAUCUGGAGGCCUGGGACGACUGGUUCGGCUGCGCUCCAUUUAAGCGGCAAAUGGACUGGCUCUCCGGUGGUGAUGUGGCGCGGGCCGUCGUUAUAAGGUACGCGUCCGACCCCGCCGUUUUUGCGGAGCGCGUGGGCGGCGCCGUGCGGAUGGCGCUCGGCGAAGCUGGUGAUGUUCCGCCGAUGCGCGUCGUCAACGCGACGCGGCGGCGCGAGCACUGCGCGCUGGCUGAUGAUGAUGCCGCGUGGGUCCGGGAGCGCUACGCGGCCGACGCGGCGCUCUGGGAUAGAGUGAAUGUAGGCGAUGGCGGGUUCCGGGCCGUGUUUUAA